AUGAUGACCCCUCAGGAGAUUGAGGCUCUGCUUCAGUACAACGGAAGUGGCCGGCCUCAAGAUGAACACGGCGACGGGUCAGACUCGGAGCCGCCAGCCGGCGAUUGCGAGCCGAGGACGGCGCUCCUGCUGCCUGUUUUGAGCGCGUGUAAAGAGACGUGGGCCUCUGGGUCGGAAGCACUGGAUGCCAUGGCCCAGAAGCUGGGAGACGGCAGCAGAGAUGUGGCGUGGCGCUUGCCCCUGGGCGAGUCCGGCAUCCUCGACUUCUUCUUGACGGUGCUGGCAGAGGACAACCUGCGCCAGGGACUGCAGAUCCACGCUCUCCGCCUGGUGGGCAACUCCUGCGCCGACACGGACCAGAAUAGAGCUCGAGUCGUCGCAGCGGACCGUCUCUCAUCCGUCUCCCGCCAUCUGCAAGACGAGGCUCUUCUCUUAUUUACCGUCCCAGUUCUGUACAAUAUCUUGGUCGACUAUGAACCCGCGCAGCUGCUGGCGUCGCGGUCUCGCCUGAGCAGCCAAAUCCUCGCGCACCUGUCUCUACCCAACUUGUCCAAGCAUACCGCUGCCGUUUUAUACAUCUGCAGGAUUCUCGCCCUGCUCGUCGAGCAAGACGGCGAGUCAUCAGUGGCGGACCCGUCGACCGCCAACGCCCUUUUCGGCCUGGCAACGAGCGAGCUGUCGAAAGAGGACGUGGAGAGCUUCGCCUCGAUUGUCGAGGUGGCCGUCGCAUAUCUCGCCAACGAGGGCUUCCAGUCCCGGCUCGUUGCUGAGAACCACGUGGGACUGUUCAUAGAUGCGUUCCACCACCUUCACACGAACUGGAUGCCAAACGAGGUUGAGGACUCAGAUGUUGCAACGCGGCUGAAGCAGCUACGUUCCGCUCUCUUGACGAUGCUCGCUGAUCUGUCCGGCAACGACUCCUUCUCCCCUCACUACCCGCUAUCCUCGUCCGUGGCUCAGUCUUUUCUGGCCUGGAUCAAGGGCACGAACCUGGCAUUGCAGACAGCAGCCUGUCUCGCGUUGGGCAAUCUCUCGCGCUCGGACGAAGCCUCCGUCGAGCUCGUCGAGAAACACGCCGUCCACAUCGCUCUCACAAAUCUCCUCUCCAGCCCUGCCGUCAACGACUCCCAGCUCCUCCACCUGGCCCUGUCCUUUGGCCGAAACCUUGCGAUUCCGUCGCAGAACAAGGUCCAGCUCGGCGAUCUCCUGGCACCCGGCUGCGUUCCCCGAAUUCUCUCCCUCGACACCUUGCCGCAGGUGCAGUUCGCCGCCAUCUCGCUGACGAGGCUCCUGCUCCUCAACUGCCCGCCAAAUGUGCGCCGGGUCUGCACACCGCUGAGCGCCGAUCCAUCGAGUCCGGAUCAUGAGCGCACCAGUGUUGCCGCCAUUGUCUCUCUAUUUGACCGAUCGGAUGCUGAGCCCACAAAGCUCGAGGCGGCUCGCUCCAUCACUGCUCUCUGUCGCACCCUACACUCUCCAGCCUCCGUGGAGGAGAGCAAAGCUAGUCACGGCGAAACGGAUGGCGCUCAACGACGGAGCCUCUUCUACGAGAAACACGACCUGAGCGGGGCCCUAGCUUUCGUCGUCGCCUUGCAGAAAUGGCCAACUCUACGCUCCGAGGCCUGGUUCAUCCUCGCCCUCAUGAGCCGCUCCACGGACGGUGCGGCCGUCGUCAACGCCGUCCUUGAAGUCAAGGCGGCGAGCGACGCUCUCGUAGAGGCCGUCACCGGGCGAAAGGUGACGGAGAGAGAAGCGGGCUCCGCGAGGCAGAUCCAGGACCUUGCCGACACGACUUCAGUCGACGAUGCGACUGCGUCUCUGGCAAGCGGCUUGCAGCUGGAGCCGCAGCAGGCCGAUAGCGCGGAGCAGCAAGCCAGUAUGACCAAGGCCGACAGGGAGAAUGCGCUCAUACUGUGCGCGGGGCUCCUGAGGAAUGGGGAGGGCAGGCUGCCGCCUACGAGGCUCAGUUUGCUGCAGGGCCUGGUCAAGGAGGGCACAGAACUGGUCGUCGCAGACAGAUCACGAGGAUAG